AUGGCUUCUUCCCAAUUAGCAGACAGCGCACCGCUGGAGAUGGCGGUGCUCAAGGCGCUUGGCUCAUUAUACCAGCCCCAUUUGACCAAUUUACACGAGAUGCAGGCGUCCGACGCGUUUCUACGCGGUUUCCAGCUCACACCCGCGGCCUUUAACGUCUGCGCAUCGCUGCUGGACCAAUUCGUACUAACUUCUGUCACGGGGACACUUUCUCCGGACAGCGUGCCCGUGGUCUUUUUUUCUGCACAGACAUUGGCCAAUAAGCUGCGUCGCCAAUUUUCUUCUUCAACUUUGGACGCGAAUAUCUGGACACUGCGAAUCGUAACCUGGUUAUCCGGCCGCCCAAACUUACCGAAAAUGGUGGUUACGCAGCUGUUACUCGCCCUUGUAGCAGCUUUACCACAGCUCCAAACCCAAGAUCUUAAGGUUCAAUACGCUCAAGACACUGCUGUUCACUAUAGUCAAGUGUUCGCGGCCGUCCAGGAGAGUUGCGCCCAGUGCAAUGGCCAAAGUGUUGUGGGGUACGCUCUGCUACACUUGGCUCACCAUGGCGUAACCUCGACGGUACUGGCGGAAUUGCUAUUGCUGAUGGUAGAGGAAGUAAGCACUUUGAUCGAACGCAGUUCUCGACAAAGAAUGCAGGACGAGGUGGACGCAUGGGCACCCGCGGUACUGGACAACUUGCUGCCGCAAAUAAUGCACGAGGUCAGUAACCAGGAAUCGGGCAGUUUUGCGGAUACAGUGGAGACGCAGGAGAUGGUGUUGCGCACACUUACCAGCUGGUUACGUUACGUCCGAGUAAUCCCUGAAGUGGUGGUGCGUAACCCGCUAUUACACUCGUUGACGGGCUUUUUAGCUCGCGAUGAAUUAUUCGAUACAGCAGUGGAUUUAGCCGUGGAAUUGGUGAGGUCAUACUCGCACGACAAAUUGGUGGUACAAUGGCUGACUCCUAUGUUAUUGUCGCUGAGAGGAGCAUUUGAAGCUGCAGUGGAAAAGGAAGACUUGGAUUUGUGUUUGGGACUUUGUCGCAUUUUCACGGAGAUGGGGGAAUCGUAUUUGGAGCUUUUACAGAAAUAUGGAGAUGGGAACGACACUGCAGCCUUGGUAGACUUACUGCUGGACUGCAUGAGUUACCAUGACGCCGAAGUGGCUGACUUGACCAUCCCCUUUUGGUUUCGGCUGUUGGCAGAGCUGCAACAUCAUGUCACGUCUGCUCUUCUGGUGCAGUACAACCCAAGACUUGAGAGGCUAGCAGGGCUGUGCAUGAAAAAACUGCAGUUCCGAGAAGACUUCCCGAGUCUGCCUGCCGACAAGCAGCAGGACUUUAAGGCAUUCCGACUGGAGCUUGGUGACAUUCUGCGUGAUUGCUGUCAGCUGCUUGGUGUUGAGGCUAUUCUUCAGCAUUGCGUGAAUGGACUGAACCAGGUCUUCCAGACAGCUGCUGAAUCGAAAAGUUGGGAGGCGGUGGAGGCUCAUUUGUAUUGCUUUCGGUCUAUUGCGCGCGAGGUUGAAAAAAGCAAAACGAAUGGCGUGGCUCUGGACGCACCGAUUACGUUAAUUUUCCAACAUCUUCAGUCAUUCGCUGACCACCCGGCAAUAUGCUACACGUCGUGUCUGAUAGUGUCGCGUUAUGCGAAAUGGUUACGCUUGCACCCUACGUUACUCUCGACUCAGGUGGGAUUCCUUAACACUUGCGUGACAAAAAGCGCGGGGGACCUGCGUUUCGCAGAAUGGGAAGUGGCGCGAGCUGCUGCUGCAGCCGUUCGUGCUCUCGCUAUGGACUGCUGGGUGAUACUUGGAGGAGAUGUCGUUGCAUUCUACCUGCACAUUGAGCAGCAUGAAGUCAUGGCUGUUGAGGACCAGGUGCUAAUUCUUGAGGGCAUUUGCGCUGGUGUGGCGGGCUCUGGGGAUAUGCCACGCAUCUUUUCCGUCUUAGAUCAGGUUAUGAAGGGUAUUGGCCAGCGACUAUCUACCCUGUGUGCCUCAAAAUCAGCCAAAGAUCACGUACAGGUUGCUCUCAACGAGCUACUGCGACUCAUGUGUCUUUACGAGUACCUUGAUAUCAAGAAGCUCCAUGGGGGAAAGCAUCCGCUGGUGACACUCACGGAGCAGUUGUGGCCGCUCUUCAAUCAGAUGCUCGCUUUGUAUCGUGGUCAUGAUGAGCUAGUGGAGCGUGUAUGCCGUUGUUACAAGCGUAUUCUUCGCACGUGUGGCGAGCAGGUUGCGCCGUUGCUGCCACAGCUUGUUGACAACUUGCUGGCGUUUUACCAAGCCGAGCCCAAAUCUUCAUACCUAUACACUGCAAGUAUGGUGUUGAAGUUCUUCUCCCAAGACGACAACCGCAGCAAUUCAGCGGAGAUGAACACACUGUUCGCGCGAAUGCUUUUCACGUUGAUUGAGAUGACGACCCCCAUUUUUGCAAAUGUGAACGACAUGGAAUCGCGUCCAGAUGUAGUGGAAGAGUUCUUCUAUCUCAUGGAGCGUGCCGUGCGAUGUGUACCGCAAGUACUCGCUGCUCCUGUUCCUGCUUCUUCGAGUAUUUGUUUACAAACGCGACCACUAAUGGUGAACUUGUUUUCAUGCGCGGUGUCAGCGCUGGAUAUUUCGCACAAUGACGCCAAUAAGGCGGUGCUAUGCUUUUUGGAGAAACUAUAUAUGCAGUCUCAGACUGAUCACUCGCGCGUGAAACUUGCGUCAUUUUGUGCAUCUAAUAGUGAAGUGUACGAGAACAGCAACAAGAUUUUGGUAAAUUACCUACUGCGUGGUGUUGUUCUGGGCGCUAUGUCGCCUUCUCGUGUGGACGCCGACUAUGGAUCAGUGGCAGGAGUGAUGGUGCAACUUGCAAAAGUUAAUGGUUCGCAGCUUCAUCAGUGGAUUGCAGAAUGGUUUGAGCUAGCCACAGCGGGGACGUUCGCAACCGCAGCAGUUAAUUUUCUCACCCCAGACGAGGCGCAGGAGUUUCAGAGUGAACUGUUUAGCGCUUCUAGCGAACGCGAAUUCCGGCGUACUGUUCGUCAUUUUGGCAAGCUUUGCGCUUCUCGCAAUACAUCACUCAAGGAUUGCGAGCGUCAGUAG